UGUAUAAAGGCGGAAGCCUUAACGGAGUUGGUCAGGAGAUUUUGGGAGCAAGAAGAACUGCCUCAAGCUUCCUCGAUGACAGAAGAUGAACAAAAAUGCGAAGAAUCUUUUGUCGCGACACACACACGGAACGCAGAGGGUCGCUACGUGGUCAGACUCCCGCUUGUGAGAGAACCACCUGACUUAUCAGCCACAAAACAAGCAGCCAUGAGCUCCUUGUUCAGAAUGGAGACCAGGUUCACGCGCGAGCCAGAAUUACACACGAUGUACUCUGACUUUAUGCGCCAGUACGAAGAACUCGCGCAUAUGUCUCCAGCCAUCAUACAUGAUGAAAAGGGAGAGGGGAAAAGAACAUGCUACCUUCCGCACCAUGGAGUGAUACGUGAUUCAAGCCUCACCACCAAGCUUCGAGUUGUGUUCAACGGAUCACAAUUGGUACCAUCAGGUGAGUCAUUGAACGCAAAUUUGAGAAUUGGAGAAAAUCUUUUACCGGCCCUCACGGACAUACUGCUGCAGUGGCGAGCGCACCGGUUUGUCUUGGCCACAGACAUCGAAAAGAUGUACAGACAGAUCCUAAUUCAUCCGGACGAUCGAGACCUACAAAGGAUCUUGUGGAGAUAUGACGCCACAGAAAAGGUUCAAGACUACAAAUUAAAUACGGUAACGUACGGGUUGGCCUGCGCGCCGUUCCUAGCAUUGCGAACUCUUCAACAGCUGGCCCAGGAUGAAGAACAGAAUUUUCCACUGGGAGCAGCAGCCCUGAAAAAACACGUGUACGUGGAUGAUAUUCUGACUGGCGCCGACACGAUGAAGGAAACUCAGGAACUUCAAAAGCAACUCUUACUCUUGUGCAAGGCGGGCGGUUUUCCACUUAAGAAAUGGACAGCGAAUCACGAGGAGCUGCUCGAGAGCGUGCCGGAAGAAGACAGAAUGCCGUUUAAGACGCGAGAGUGGCAACCACGAGACUGUCAAGCCAUGCUCGGGGUCCGAUGGAAUCCAAACUAUGACAGUUUCGCAUUCACGGUAAAGGACAGCGAGCUAAAAGUGAUUACAAAGCGAACAGUUCUCUCUAAAACGGCGCAACUUUUCGAUCCACUGGGGUGGCUAGCUCCAGUGGUGAUUCAAGCAAAGAUCUUAAUUCAAACUGCAUGGAUAAAAGGCCUCGGCUGGGACACUCCGCUGGACACCGAAGAUACAAGGAAAUGGCAGAAGCUGCAGGAGGAAUUGCCCUCACUGGAACGGGUCCGAGUACCGCGGUGGAUGCCAGGAUGUAAAGCAGAUCAAGUCGUGGAGCUACACGGCUUUGCUGACGCUUCUGAACGCGCGUACGCGGCCGUCGUGUACCUGCGUUCAAACCAUAAUUCACCAUGCUUUAAAAUUUCUCUGAUUGCAGCUAAGACAAAGGUCGCGCCACUCAAACAGGUUUCCUUACCCAGACUNGAGCUAAGUGCCGCAACAUUAUUAGCUCAGUUGAUAACAUACUUGCAGAGAGCUCUNAGCUUAACAAAGGUCUCAAUUCAUGUGUGGCUGGACUCCACUGUAGCCUUAAGCUGGGUGCAAGGUCAUCCGUCUAAGUGGAAGACGUUCGUGGCAAAUCGCGUCGCCGAGAUUCAACGCCUAUUGCCAGAAGCAAGAUGGCAUCAUGUGCGCAGUAGAGACAAUCCUGCCGACUGCGCUUCUCGAGGCGUUAGCCCAAGCGAGCUAGUGAAUCAUCACCUCUGGUGGCAGGGUCCUACUUGGCUAUCCGACGACGAAA